AGAUUUGAUGCUGCCAGGCCUGAUGGUGCCCCCUGCUGGUCUGCCGCAGGUACAGAAGGGGGACCUCUGUGCCAUUGCCUUGGUUGGGAACAGAGCCCCUGUUGCCGUUGGAGUCGCUGCCAUGUCCACAGCUGAGAUGCUGACUUCGGGCCUCAAGGGAAGGGGCUUCUCCGUGCUGCACACCUACCGGGACCACUUGUGGCGAUCUGGAGACAAGUCUUCUCCACCUUCCUUGGCUCCACUGGCCCUGGAUCCCCCAGAUCUCAAUGAAGAGAAGGGGUCUGUCCUGGCAGACCCCGCCCUGCAGCAAGACGUGAGGUGCCUGACCCUGGAGGGAGAGGACGAGGCGAGUGGGGAGGUUCGGCAGCGGAUGUGUGGGGAGAAGUCCCUGUCAGAAGCCUCAGAAGACCCCGGCGUCAGGGGCCUGAACCCAGACCCCACAGACAGCAAGACCCUGCAAGAGCAAAUGGAUGAACUGUUACAGCGAUGCUUCUUGCACGCUUUAAAGUGCCAAGUCAAAAAAGCUGACCUCCCUUUACUCACCAGCACACUCCUUGGCAGCCACAUGUUCUCCUGCUGCCCUGAAGGACGACAGCUGGACGUGAAGAAAUCAAGCUACAAAAAGCUCUCUAAGUUCCUGCAGCAAAUGCAGCAGGAGCAGAUUAUACAGGUGGAGGAGCUGAGCAGAGGGGUGGAGAGCAUUGUGGCUGUGGACUGGAAGCACCCGAGGAUCACAUCUUUCGUCAUACCCGAGCCCUCCCCGACCUCCCAGACUAUCCAGGAGGGUAGCAGGGAACAGCCCUAUCACCCUCCAGAUAUAAAACCCCUCUACUGUGUCCCAGCCAGCAUGACCCUGCUCUUCCAGGAGUCUGGCUACAAGAAGGGAAGCGUUCUUGAGGGCGCUGAAGUCCGGACGGUCAUCAUCAACUAUGCCAAGAAGAACGACCUGGUUGAUGCGGACAACAAAAAUCUCGUGAAAUUGGAUCCCAUCCUAUGUGACUGCAUCUUAGAGAAAAAUGAACGGCACACAGUCAUGAAGCUUCCAUGGGACAGUCUCCUGACCAGAUGUUUGGAAAGAUUGCAGCCUGCCUAUCAAGUGACCUUUCCAGGACAAGAGCCCAUUAUGAAGAAAGGCAAAAUCUGCCCAAUUGACAUCACCCUAGCGCAGAGAGCAUCUAAUAAAAAGGUGACUGUGGUCCGGAACUUGGAGGCCUACGGUCUGGACCCGUACUCGGUGGCGGCUGUGCUCCAGCAGCGGUGCCAGGCUAGCACGACCGUCGCUCCUGCCCCUGGGGCCAAGGACGGCCUGCAGGUCCAGAUCCAGGGAAACCAGGUCCAUCAUCUCAGCCGGCUGUUACUUGAAGACUAUCAGCUUCCUCGAAAACACAUCCAAGGCCUAGAAAAGGCCCCCAAACCCGGCAAGAAGAAAUAACAGACUCCUGUUUCAUGUGGUCGAUCCAGUGGAAAUCCAGGCUCUGGGCUGGUCAUUUAUAUGAGCAUUUUCAGCUUUUGCAAAUGAAAAAAUAUAAUUCUUUACCAAAAUAAAUUUUUAUUCUAAUCUAAA